CAAUCGUUCCCCAAAAUGAGUAGCAUGGUGGACAAGCAAGAAAUCAUCGACAUGAUCAGGCUGAAAUCGCCUCGGCUGGAACUCGUCUCGUUCGAAGCGGGUAAAUCGGAAGCGUGGCGUUGGUUCAAACGUGUACGAGUCGACGGUGCUGUUUUGCCUUAUGCCGUUUGCAACGGAUGCUUCAAACCCGUUCACUACACCCCUAGAGAUGGUACGGGUGGCUUGAGACGGCAUGCUUGCCCACUCACGGUGGCAAUGGCUCAAGCCAAAUCGGGUUUGGUCCAAUCCAAAACGCCUUCACCCAACAGCGGAGCGAGAAAACAAAAUCGAAACGGUUCGGGAGCGGCUACUCCCGAUAACAACGGAACAUCAACGUCGUCAGUGGCGUCAUCUCCUCGGUCUAGAAAUGGUGGUGGUGGUGGCAACAAUCCUCGACGUUCGGCAACCGUCCCCGUCAGCUUGACCAUGUGGGCCGCAGAAAAAGGCCUGAUGGAUUUGAGCAAUUCGGCCGGAUUGCCAUCUGGCGGGUUGUCGAUUGCCAGCGCUUUCGCCGCCCUCCAGGGCAUCGUCCCGCGAUGUUCCCCCUACCUCACCUCAUCCUCUUCCUCGGCGAACCCUCAGGCGCAUCAGCAACUACUGCAGCUCCCGCCGAUCUCUGAACACCACCCCCUACACCACCAUCGCUCCAACGGUUCGCCCAAGAUGGCCGACUCUGCACUCGAUUUGGCCAUGAAAAAAUCAUCAUCGCCUACCGAGGAACUCGAACGUGAUGAUGACGAUGAUGAAACAACUAUUCCUUCAGAAGGACGUAAAGCUCAAAGCAUUGUCGAUCACAUUUUGCUCAAUAUUAGCCACCAAGCUAAAUUAGAGCAAUCUGUCAAUGGCGGAUCGUCUUCCACCACUAUCAAAGACGCCAAUCAAAAUGAACAAACAUCGCGAUUUUCUAUUGUUCCUGCAUCACGUUCUUCUUCGGGAUCUACACGAAGGCCGAGAAAGAGAUCGAAUCCCGAUCGUGCCAUCCCUUCUAAUCGUACGUUUGGUAGUAAUGGCAGCUCAAAUGGUGGCAGUCAUCAUCCCGACAUUGAAGCCAAUUUACAAAUGCUGGCUCAUGUCGCCAACGAACCGCCCGCCGUCAAGCGUGAGAGAAUCUCCAGUCCCGUCGAUCUCGACAGCUAUCGCUAUCAGAGUAGGUCCAACUUUGUUAAAUCAUUUGUUGAGGCUAUUAUUGACGGCGUCUCUCCAUUAGUGAACGGAGGCCAGUUGACGCCGACCAGCCAGCAUUCCGUACCUAGUCCCGCCGACGAAGAUGGCGACCAUCCGGCCAGCACAAGCUCUGCCGGUUCUUCCACUUCCCGCAAAUCGGGUACCUCAUCGCCUGCUCAAUUCGCUCAUCACGUACCUGCUCAUCUUACUGUGCCAUCAUCCGCUGCUGAAAAUAAUAAUAAUUCUACGACAUCGUUGGUCAGCUAUGCUCAUCCUUCAAGUCCGACUGUAUUGUCCAAGCCCGUCGAAAGCUUUGUGGCCGCCAUGCACCAAGUUCUACAAGGCUCGCCCCAGUGUUCGUUAGCCGACGCCGCUCAACUCAUUCAGCUCAAUGAUCUCACCACGUGCCUUCACUCGCUCCUCGAUCUUCACAAAAAGUCCCUCGUUGCUUCUGAAUUGAAAAUGCCAGUCCCUGAUCUGCAGAAACCUGCUCCUAUUUUCAAAGGUACCGCAGUUGUGGAUGGACAGUUCAAGGAAAUCUCACUUGAAGACUACAAGGGCAAAUAUGUCAUCUUGUUCUUCUACCCCCUUGACUUCACCUUUGUUUGCCCAACUGAAAUUAUUGCCUUCUCUGACCGCGCUGACGAGUUCCGCAAAAUCAACUGCGAACUGAUCGCAUGCUCGACCGACAGUCACUUUUGCCACUUGGCUUGGGUCAACACUCCGCGCAAGCAGGGUGGUUUGGGUUCCCUCAACAUUCCUCUGUUGGCUGACAAGUCGGCCGCCAUCUCCAAGUCGUAUGGAGUUUACAAGGAGGACGAGGGCCUAACUUUCCGUGGCCUUUUCAUCAUCGACGAACAGCAAAGACUUCGUCAAGUCACCAUUAACGAUCUACCUGUCGGUCGCAGCGUUGACGAAACUCUGCGUCUAGUCCAAGCUUUCCAGUUUACAGACAAACAUGGAGAAGUUUGCCCUGCUGGCUGGACUCCUGGCAAGAAAUCCAUGAAGGCUGAUCCGGCUGGAAGCAAAGAAUACUUUGAAGCCUCACACUGAAAAAAUUCUGUCCUCUAUACCUGACUUCGGAUAUUCCGCAACUUUAUCUAUUUUGUCUUUUUUUUUCACCUGCCACUCUGGCCUAUUUGUAGUAUCUAGAUCGAAAUAUCAAAUCACCUUGUUAUUACAUGGGUUUAAAAUGAGAGUAAUCAUUCCUAGAAAGAAAGAGAGAAAGGCUCGGUGGCGGAAACGGUUGCCUAAACAUUGUUUUAUGUGAUGGUGCAAAUUUCCGCCAGCUAUGUCUUUGAUUUGUGGCCUACUUUAUAUUUGGUGAUGUAGCAGCUGUGAAAAUGGAAGGAAUGCGAAUAAACAAAACAUAUUCAACCCGUAAGAA